AUGAUUAACUAUCCCGACUUCGUCACCAACUACAGCCACCGGACGGUUCCGAGUUCCAUUGAGGCACGGUCACUGAUGCUGCUGCACUACCAGAAACAGCUGAGAAGCCAACUGCUCAUCAUCACACCCCAGGAAAACUUUGACGACGGCAAUAUUGACAAAAAC